AUGUCGAUACUGAGUCGAGAGGAGGUUGAGAAGCACUCGACACGCGAGUCGUGUUGGGUAGCUAUUCAUGGUUCCGUUUACGAUGUCACUGAAUUCCUCGAUGAGCAUCCUGGUGGUGCCCAAGUAAUUCUUCGCUGCGCAGGCAAAGACGGUACUGCAGACUUCGAUUCAGUCCACGAUAAAGACGUGCUCUCGCAAGCUCUGCCUCCAUCGGCACUCAAAGGCAAUGUCCAACCAGACACUCUCGCGAAGGCAUACAGACCCCUUCCCAAGACAUCGGCGACAGCAGAAGAAAACCCCCCGCCUCCGCUAAGCAGUAUAAUAAACCUAAAUGACUUCGAGAAAGUAGCUCAGCAACAUCUUCCCCCUCACGCAUGGGCAUAUUAUUACUCUGGAGCCGACGAUGAGAUCAGCAAACGCGAAGGUCAGGAAGCUUACCAGAGGUUGUCCUUCCGUCCUCGAAUUCUCCGCAGCAUUCGCAGCGUAGACACGACCACCUCGAUUCUGGGCCAGUCUGUCUCGUUGCCUGUCUACAUGAGCCCGUGCGGGAUUGCCAAAUUUGCUCAUCCGGACGGAGAAUGCGCAAUGGCCGUCGCAGCUGGCGAGGAAGGAUUGGCACAGGUGUUGGCGAAUGGCUCUAGCAUGUCCAUUGAUGCUGUGCGUGCGGCUGGAAUUCGCCCUAACCAGCCGCUCUUCCAGCAGGUGUAUGUCAACAAAGACAUAACAAAGUCGGAGGAGACAGUCCGACGAGCUGUGAAAGCAGGUGCUAGUGGCAUUUGGAUCACAGUCGAUUCCCCUGUUGUUGGGAAGCGGGAGAUGGAUGAGAGAUUGAACCUUGAGGUUCAGACCAUGGCCAGCUCCAUCUCGCCGUAUAUUGACUGGGAUAUUCUCAAAUGGGUCCGCGGACUUACCGAUUUGCCGGUUGUGAUUAAAGGUAUCCAGUGUGUGGAAGAUGCAGUUUUGGCAUAUCAACAUGGAGUACAGGGAAUAGUUCUGUCCAACCAUGGUGGAAGGUCUCAAGAUACGGCACAACCUCCACUUGUCACUUUACUCGAGAUCCGACGAUAUGCACCAUACCUUAUCGAAAGUAACAUGCAAAUCUUCAUCGACGGAGGCAUUCGACGUGGAACAGAUGUUCUGAAAGCUCUUGCAUUAGGAGCAACCGCUGUUGGGCUUGGACGACCAUUCCUGUUCAGUCUGGCAGCAGGUUAUGGAGCCGACGGGAACCGUCGGGCCAUUCAAAUCUUGCGGCAGGAAAUCGAGAUGAACAUGGUAUUUUUGGGAGUGACGAAGCUGUCGGAAUUAGGGCCACAUUUGGUGAAUUCGAUGAGGCUAGAGCGAGAUGUAGUUGGCUCUGUGAAAUUGCACAGCCUUAACCGGAACACAGACCAGUUCGCACUAAAUGGCGUUAAGAGGGGCAUGGGCUGA